CAGUGAUGCAACAACCCGACAUUUCUGGAGGUACGGAUACAGCUGCGCCUUCCAACUUUGUGGCUCGCUGUAUCCAUGCCAAAACUGCUCGGGUUCGACCCUAAGUGAGUUUAUCUGUGUAACACAGCUGCAGGAACUGAGUGAACUCCACCCCGCAAACAUCAGUUGAGACACACAAACACCACCCAGCCAAAACACGCAGCCAAGAUGGCACCGCCCAUGAUCGAUCCCGCGCUGUUUGGCGAGCUCAAGUCCAAGAUUGAGGAGGACAUCAGCGUGAGGAAGGAGCUGGACCAGAUCCUCGAUGACCUGGAACAGCACGUGUCUUUCACCCAGGGCCUGCUCUCGCGCAUCCACUCGACACCGCGGUCGAAGUACGCAACGCUGCUGAGUGAGGUCGAGGGCGGCAUCAAAAAGGAAAUUGAGACAACUGGCAGGCUCUCGACCUUUGCGUCGCAAUAUCCAUACUACAAGUACAACCACAAGUGGACGCGCACGGUGCAGGAUGCCAUUUCCACCGUGAUACUCUGCGCGUGGCUGGGCGGCAUGUCACCGGCCUCGAAACCGGGCGAGGUCGGUCGGCUGCUGACGCUGGAGGACGUCGGCGAGGCUUUUGGCGUCCCCGUCAACCUCAAGGACCGCGACGCCUUCCACAUCACCAUCGAGGAGUACCUGCUGGGGCUGAUCGCCGUUAUCGACGAACUCAGCCGGCUGGCGAUCAACUCGGUCACGCUGGGGGACAACGCCAUGGCCGUGCAGAUCAGCGGGUUCAUCAAGGACCUGCAUGCGGGGUUCCAGGUGCUGAACCUCAAGAACGAUAUCCUGCGGAAGCGGGUAGACUCGAUCAAGUACGCGGUCAAGAAGGUCGAGGACGUGGUCUACGAUCUGUCGCUGCGGAAUCUCAUUCCGCAAGAGUCGCAAUGAGCGGCAGCCCGGCGCGAGAUGGGUUCUAGGUUGCUACCGGGACUCGAAUGCACAGAAUACGACCGUCUUGGAAGCUCUUUCAUUGCAGCCAGGGGU